AUGGUGCUGUGCAUGGUGCUACUGACAUCUGUGAAUGUCAGAAUCAUCCCCAAAGACCUUUGGAAGGGCGAGGAAAUUUUAAAGGCGGGGGGCUGGGGGGAAUUAUUAAACCAGAGGGAAAGAACUGGACUCGCUGCCAGUCCAGCAAGAAAACACCUUCAACAACAGACCAGAAAACAGACCCGGGUCACAGCAACAACAAAAGAAAAGUCUCAAGAAGAAGCCAAAGGGAACAGAGUGGUUGCUACCGCUUCCCCAACGCCCCACUAUACGGGCCCCCGGGGCCUCUCCGCAACUGCACCAGCACCCAGACCCCCCCCUCCCCCUGCCCGGGCACCACUGCAGCUGCACCGGUCCCCGGAGAAGCCUCGUCCGUCCCGGGCGCCGCUGCAGCUGCAUCGGCUCCCCAGCCUCCCCCCGCUACUUCCAUCACCCCCCUCCCACCCACCCCCGGAGGCUCUGCAGCUGCACGGGCCCCCUGCCCCUCCGCCGCAGCUGCACCGGCCCCCAGAGGCGAGGCGAGCAGAGGAGAGGCGAGCCCCCGCACCGCACCCCCGGGGGGGCGCCCCGCAGCUGCAGCGGCCCCCAGGGCGCCCCGCCGGCCCCGGGGGCCUCCCCGCAGCUGCACCGCCCCCCGGCGCAGAGCUCCAACAGCCCGAACCACACAAACUAACUCCGCUCCUCCGAGACCAGACCAGACCCGCCCGCGCCCCCCGGCCCGGCCCGGCCCGGCCCCUCCUCCCUCACCUCGGGCUCACUCUCUCCCGGCCCCCCGGCUCCCGGGGCUGGGGCUGUAACAGCUGGUGCACCCUCCCCCCGCCCCUCCUGCCCCGGUCCCGCCCUCCACUCCCUGACCCCGGGCCGGGCGGUGGGGGAGGGGGCGAGAGGGGGGCCGGGGUCAGGGGGAAACGUGCCCCCCGGCUCCGUCGCCCGCUCCCCCCUUCCCCCUUCACUCCCGCCCCCGUUGGCAGCCGGAGGAGCGCGGCGGAGCGAAGAGGGCCCCACUCUCAACGGCUCCCCAUGGCAGCAGCCCAGCGGCGGCCGCAGCCAGCCAGAGACACAGCGAGCGCAGCGCCGGGCGGGGAAAGUGGCUCUACAGGAGGGUGGAGGGCGAGCGGACGACGGACAGUGUGCCCCCCCCAAUGGAGGAGGCGAACUAAAGCAGUCGUCCGCGUCGGCCAAUUGGAAGGUGGGAAUGUCGAGGGAGGGCGGGGGCCCGGGCUAGUGGGAGGGGCCGAGCGUGGAGGCUCGCAGCAAUGCCGAGUGGGGUGGAGUUCUUCAGUGCAGCAGCGGCAGAGGCAGCGGCCGGGGCGGCAGCGGCGCUCCAGGGUGACUUGGCCGUGA